AUGCAAAAUCGGAUUGUUCGUUUAAAAAAAUGAGGAAGUUCUUCACAUUUUAAUCAAUUUCGUGCGUGAUAAGAACAAGUUCAAGUUGUUUGGCACUUCCGCUGGCGUUCUCGUUCAAAAAUAGGCAGGAUAAGCGCGAACUGUGGAAAAUCGCAACGCGAAUAAUCUGAACCAGCAACAACAACGGAACAACGAAAAACGAUUCUAAAAUCUGUUACAAGCUGCGGGAACAAAUCGCACAACUCGCUAUCAACUGUACCAACCAAAGAAGUCUGACUUCCUUUUUUUUUUUUAAGAAAAGCAAAUGGAACGAAAAGGUUGCACUUGAUCGGAAUAACUCCUAUCCGGAAGAUCAUUAAAUCAACCGAUCGCCUUUUCGCGAUUUUCUGGCUCCCGAGCAGUUCAACAAUGGUCAACAUAAAAAUACCAAUCGUCCGACGGCGCCACCGUGUUUUGCAGCGUUUGUCGAACGUUCAGGAGGGGGGUGGGAGCGUAUGUGAGUGCAGGACAACCAGAACGAUGUGAAACCAAUUGGAAAGCGACCGCCUCCAUCGCGCGGGAGGCGACAGAGUUACGGCGAGUUCUUCUGCACUAUUGUCGAACGCGCUAGCUGGUGGUGCUGGCUAGCAUGGCGUGGGCCAAUAUCAGAAACAAACUCGAACGGCAAUCUACAGUGACGUAUUGACUGCGAAUUAGUGGUCGCUCAAUGCACACUUGUGUGUGACUGGUGGCAAUAGAGAAUCACAGCUAACUCCCCACACCGACGCCACCACCAGCAGCAGCAGCCACCAUGCGACGGAACGUGAAAGUGUUUGGUCUCAUCUCCGUUACCUGGAUCGUGGUUGUCAUCUAUUACUUCCAAGGCGACUACUAUCACAAUGAUGGCAAUCGAGCGUUGCGUUUGCGCAGCAGUAAAACAGCCAAACACCUGACCGACACUGGAGAUCGGCUCGUGCAGAGUGACGCACUGACGCAACGUGACAACGAACAUCUGCGCCAGUCCAAAAAUGGCGAAAGUAGUAUCCAGCUUCCCGGCGGCGGCAUCAGUAGUAGCAGCAUCAGCACCAAUCUCCUUGGCGGCAGCAGCAGCAGCAGCAGUAGCAAUAGAAAUAGCAAUAGCAUAUUUAGUUAUAACUCGCCAGCCCUGACCUGGGAUUACUUCGACGAGGCGAGCUACAUCCAGAAGGGUGGCCUGCAGCGGGGUGAAGACCCUUACCUGCGGAAUCGCUUCAAUCAGCAGGCAAGCGAUGGGCUGAAGAGCAACCGUGAACUGCCCGACACGCGCAAUGCAAUGUGUCGCCGAACAAGUUGGUCAUCGGCAGCCAGCAUCGAAUCGCUACCGGCCACCAGCGUCAUCAUAACGUUCCACAAUGAGGCCCGCAGUACGCUGCUGCGGACAGUGGUGAGCGUGCUGAACCGUUCACCCGAACGGCUCAUUCACGAGAUCAUCCUUGUGGAUGACUAUUCCGACUUUCCCGAAGAUGGACAGGAGCUGGCCAAGAUCCAGAAGGUACGGUUGAUCCGCAACGCAAAGCGUGAAGGUUUGGUGAGGUCGCGUGUGACGGGAGCAGCUGCAGCGACCGCCAAAGUACUUACCUUCCUGGACAGUCACUGCGAAUGCAAUGUGCACUGGUUGGAGCCGUUGCUGACGCGCGUAGCCGAAGAUCCGACCCGUGUGGUUUGCCCGGUGAUUGAUGUGAUCAGCAUGGACACCUUCCAGUACAUUGGAGCGUCGGCCGAUCUGCGCGGUGGGUUCGACUGGAACCUGGUGUUCAAGUGGGAGUACUUGAGUGGCGCGGAGCGUAAAGAGCGCCAGAGAGAUCCGACGGCACCGAUCCGGACGCCCAUGAUCGCCGGUGGACUGUUUGUCAUUGAUCGCAGCUACUUCGAGAAGCUCGGAACGUACGACACCCAGAUGGAUAUCUGGGGUGGCGAGAAUCUCGAGAUAAGCUUCCGAGUUUGGCAGUGUGGUGGUUCCCUUGAAAUCAUUCCCUGUAGUCGCGUUGGGCACGUGUUUCGCAAACGCCAUCCGUAUACAUUUCCCGGCGGCGGCAGUGGAAACAUUUUCGCGAAAAACACUCGCCGCGCGGCCGAAGUGUGGAUGGACGAGUACAAACGGUACUACUAUGCGGCCGUACCACUCGCUACCAACAUUCCGUUCGGUGACAUUGAGGAUCGAUUACGAUUGCGGGAGGAACUACAGUGCAAACCGUUCCGCUGGUAUCUCGAGAAUGUCUACCCGCAGCUCAGCGUUCCCGAACGACGAAACAAUGGCAGCAUUAGGCAGGGUGCCUUCUGUCUGGACAGUUUGGGCAAUGUGGCCGGAGCGAUCGUCGGACUGUACAGUUGCCACGGUAACGGAGGUAACCAGAACUGGAUACUUAAUCGAAAGGGGGAAGUAAAGCACCACGAUCUCUGCCUAACGCUCAUCAAGUUUUCCAUCAAUGCACGAUAUAACAGUGUCAUCAUGAAGUACUGCGACGGUUCGGAAAACCAGCAGUGGCACCUGAAGGAGGGAGGAUUGGUGCAGCACCGGAAAAUAAAUGUAUGUCUCGAUUCGCGCCACAUGAAAGAGCGUGGCAUUACGGCAGAGCGGUGCAAUUCCGCACUAGACACGCAGCACUGGAAAGUUGUGGCGGAGGCGGCGGCUCCGCAGUGAGUGAGCGUCGGGAACUUCCGAACGUUACAACACAGCAGCAGCACAAUGGCUGUUGAACGGAUGUAUUAUGUGUUCUUUGUUGAUAUCUUAAUAUGCAUUCUAUUGAAAGAAGGUAAACGAAGGAAAUGGAAUGCCCGAAGUCCAAGUCCCUGAUAUUAAUGGUAUUAGAUAGUGUGGCAGCAAGUCCAGGCGAGCGUUGUGUAUUACAAAACAAACCUCUGGAGGUUGGGACGACCGAAAAAACGAGGCAAAGAGAUAGAGAAAGUGAAUAGAGAGGCACAGCUUAGAUGGAUGAUGAUGUCCCUCAAUGAGGAAGAAGCAACACACAGUUACAAAUUCCAAAAUGUACACUCCAAGCCAGACCUACACGUAAGCGCAACACACGUACACCAAAUCACCUGAAAGGGUAAAGAUAGAGUUACAAUCGCUGUAACGAGAUGUCCUUACACGGAAUCCUUCAUUGUAUUCUCCCCUUUUUUGCGGUUAUUCAACAUUGUACUAUAAAAAAAAGAUUAAAGGCAACAACCGCGUGCGGGCAUAGUUUUAUCCUGCACGAACCA